AUGGGGGAAUGGACCAUCCUAGAGAGACUCCUCGAAGCCGCCGUCCAGCAGCACUCCACUAUGAUAGGGAGGAUUCUGCUGACCGUGGUGGUGAUCUUCAGGAUUCUUAUUGUGGCCAUUGUAGGAGAAACUGUUUACGACGACGAACAGACUAUGUUUGUAUGCAACACCUUGCAGCCAGGUUGCAACCAGGCAUGUUACGACCAAGCAUUUCCAAUUUCUCACAUUAGGUACUGGGUAUUUCAGAUCAUCAUGGUGUGCACUCCUAGUCUCUGCUUCAUAACAUACUCUGUUCACCAGUCUGCCAAGCAGAGGGAAAGGAGGUAUUCCACUGUCUUUCUCACUCUGGACAGAGACCAGGAAUCCAUGAAAAGGGAUGACAGUAAGAAGAUCAAGAACACCAUUGUGAAUGGGGUGCUGCAGAACACUGAGAACUCCACCAAGGAGGCAGAACCUGACUGCUUGGAAGUGAAGGAAAUCCCCAACCCAGCUAUCAGAACGACAAAGUCAAAGAUGAGGAGGCAAGAAGGCAUCUCUAGAUUUUAUAUCAUCCAGGUGGUCUUCAGAAAUGCCCUGGAGAUUGGGUUUUUGGUGGGGCAAUAUUUCCUGUAUGGAUUCAAUGUCCCAUCCAUGUAUGAAUGUGACAGGUAUCCUUGUAUUAAGGAAGUGGAAUGCUAUGUCUCAAGGCCCACCGAGAAGACGGUCUUCUUGGUCUUCAUGUUUGCCGUGAGCGGCAUUUGCGUGGUGCUCAACUUGGCUGAACUGAACCACUUGGGCUGGAGAAAGAUCAAAAUGGCAGUUAGGGGAGUCCAAGCCAAACGGAAAUCAAUAUAUGAAAUCAGGAACAAGGACCUGCCACGUAUGAGUGUGCCUAACUUUGGCAGGACUCAGUCUAGUGACUCUGCUUAUGUGUGAGGCUGUGACUGAAUCAGAACAAUUGGCUGGGUAUCACUGACCUAGCGGACGUUAGU